GCAAAUAUGGAACAGUCUGUAAGACUCUGUGAUGGCUUUGGGCUGUUCCCACCUGUGUCUCCUCUCUGCAGCAGCCUUCUCCUUGUAGCAGUGUCCUCUCCACGUGGUCACUAGCCAGUUGACAGCUAGGCCUGCAGUCAGCCAGAGUACCCUGGAAGGAAUGCUGUCUCCUUGACCAGAGUGCCCAGUGAAGAAUGUGAUGGGAUCAGUAGCAUGUCUGCGGAGAGCGGCCCUGGGACGAGAUUGAGAAAUCUGCCAGUAAUGGGGGAUGGACUAGAAACUACCCAAAUGUCUACAACGCAGGCCCAGGCCCAACCCCAGCAAGCCAACGCAGCCAGCACCAACCCCCCGCCCCCAGAGACCUCCAACCCCAACAAGCCCAAGAGGCAGACGAACCAACUGCAAUAUCUGCUCAAAGUGGUGCUCAAGACACUAUGGAAACACCAGUUUGCGUGGCCUUUCCAGCAGCCUGUGGAUGCCGUCAAGCUAAACCUCCCUGAUUACUAUAAAAUCAUUAAAACACCUAUGGAUAUGGGAACAAUAAAGAAGCGCUUGGAAAACAACUAUUACUGGAAUGCUCAGGAAUGUAUCCAGGACUUCAACACUAUGUUUACAAAUUGUUACAUCUACAACAAGCCUGGAGAUGACAUAGUCUUAAUGGCAGAAGCUCUGGAGAAGCUCUUCUUGCAGAAAAUCAAUGAACUGCCCACUGAAGAAACCGAGAUCAUGAUAGUCCAGGCAAAAGGAAGAGGACGUGGGAGGAAAGAAGCAGGGACGGCAAAACCUGGCGUCUCUACGGUACCAAACACAACGCAGGCAUCGACUCCUCCGCAGACCCAGACCCCCCAGCAGAACCCUCCGCCCGUGCAGGCCACACCUCACCCCUUCCCCGCGGUCACCCCAGACCUCAUCGUCCAGACCCCCGUCAUGACAGUGGUGCCUCCCCAGCCACUGCAGACACCCCCACCGGUGCCCCCGCAGCCACCACCCCCACCCGCGCCAAACCCCCAGCCUGUGCAGAGCCACCCGCCCAUCAUCGCGACCACCCCACAGCCUGUGAAGACAAAGAAGGGAGUUAAGAGGAAAGCGGAUACCACCACCCCCACCACCAUCGACCCCAUUCAUGAACCACCAUCACUACCCCCGGAGCCUAAGACCACCAAGCUGGGCCCCCGGCGGGAGAGUAGCCGGCCUGUGAAGCCCCCCAAAAAGGAUGUGCCCGACUCACAGCAGCACCCUGUGCCGGAUAAGAGCAGCAAGGUCUCGGAGCAGCUGAAGUGCUGCAGUGGUAUUCUCAAGGAGAUGUUUGCCAAGAAGCACGCAGCUUAUGCCUGGCCGUUCUACAAGCCCGUGGAUGUGGAGGCGCUGGGUCUGCACGACUACUGUGACAUCAUCAAGCACCCCAUGGACAUGAGCACAAUCAAGUCUAAACUGGAGGCCCGUGAGUACCGUGAUGCUCAGGAAUUUGGUGCUGAUGUCCGAUUGAUGUUCUCCAACUGCUACAAGUACAACCCUCCUGACCAUGAGGUGGUGGCCAUGGCCCGCAAGCUCCAGGUGAGGUGCUGGGGAAGCUCUGAGCACAACAUCUGUGGUAGGCAGGCUAGGGUCCUGGGUGGACCAGGCCUCUUUGGUAUGAUGCUGUGUUGUUUUGAAGAUGGGCUCAAGUCAGGAUAACGUGCCAUUUUACAUUGAGAUUAUUUCAUUAUAAUUAAAGCAGAGUGGUUAGUUUGGGUCUUGGGUACUUGGGGUUUUGUUCUGGGGGAUCCCACUGAAAGCCCCCUGCCCAGUAACUGCAUUUGGUUGCCAUUGGCCAAGAAGGGUGCAUGUGCUGUGGAUGGCCCAAUAUGUUCUCCAAAACAGACCUGUCUCACGUUGGUGGAUGACACUGUUGUAAAGCAGAUACUUUGACACAGUUGUGAGCUGAAGUAACUGUUUGCCUGUGGGCAUUUGUUCACCAGAGCCUUGAAAUCUUUUGCCUUCUAGCUUCUGGGUAGUUGUUUCUAGGCAUUCUGUGAGGCCACAUCUCCCUCAUGGAUUCCGUUGGGGAUUGUGGCCCCUUCAGGUUGAUCUGGACGGUGCACA